AUGAGUACUAAAGGUCCUAGUAUAGCUCCUAGACAUUCUUCUACUCAAUCACCAAUAGCUAUUGCUGGAUCACCGCCAUCUUGUUCAUCAACUGGAUCAACUCCAAGAAGUAUUGCAAGUCCAAAUAAUCCUCAAUCACCACUUAAUAAUUCAGCUAUGUCACCUUCAAAUACAAAUGAUACUACUCAAAUAACAACGUCAACCACAUCAACUAUAAGACUCGGAGUAUCACUGAUUAUGACAUCCAAAGAAUGGGUUUUACCACCAAGACCAAAACCAGGUCGAAAACCGAGUAUAGAUACACCGGCUUCAAAAAGAAAAGCUCAAAAUAGAGCAGCACAAAGAGCAUUUAGAGAAAGAAGAGCAACAAGAGUUCAAGAAUUAGAACAAAAAUUAAUGGAAGUUGAAAAAGAAAAAGAUAUAAAAGAAAUGGCAUUAGUAAAUACAAUAAAUAAAUUAAAAGCUGAAAAUAAUUACUUGAAUAAAAAUAUGGAACAAUUAAGACAAGAAAUGAAUCAAUUCAAAAAUUCUCAAGAUCAAAUGAGAAUACAAAUGCAACAGCAACAACAACAAAGUCAACCGAAUCAAAAUAGAAAUAAACAACCUUCCAAAAUUCAAAAUAAUACUUCACAACUACAUCAAAAUCAACAAACUCAAACUUUUAGAAAUACCAACAAUAAUCAACCGUCACCAAUGAACACGUCGUUAUCACCUACUGGCUCAUCAUACUCACUACAACAAAUUUCCCCAGCUCCUUCAGCAGAUCUGCCAAUGAAUACAAAUAUAUCAUCUUCACAGAACUACCCGAAUUCAUCUAAUAGCGCCUUAACUCCAAUAUCGAAUAAUACAACCCCUGAUAAACUAAUAUCAACUACAAACUCAAAUGACAGUGUAAUUGAUUCAUCAAAUUUCGAUUGUGGAAUAUGUAUCAAAGAUGAAUGUUUAUGUGAAUCAGUAGGAUUAAAAGAUCCAAAACCAACAAAAACAAAUGAUGUGGAGAAACAGUUACAACAACAAUUAAAUUCAUUUAAACCUGAAGCUCCAGUGCAACUUAACAGGAAAAGAAAAGCAAUAAUAAAUUCAGAUAUUGAAUUAAAAGAAAUAGAUUUUACUAAAAAAUUCGCAACAAAAGCUAAACCAAUGCCAGAUUUAAAUAAAUUGAAAAAAAUGUCAACUAAAACAUCAUCACCUAUCAAAUCCAAACCAUCAUCAACUGAUAAUAUACUAAAUUCAGAAUUUAAUGAAAACUCACCAAUGGAAAAUUGUGGGUUUUGUUCAGAUGAUACUCCAUGUGUUUGUAGAGAAGCAGCAAAAGAAGCAGCAAGAUUGAAUGCAUCAUUAAAUGAACAAGAAAGAAAUAUAAUAUUAGAAGAAGAUGAAAAUGAUCAUGGCUUAGGUGAUUAUCAAAAUGACGAAGAUAAUAAGACUUCUUUACCUCCACUUCAAUACAAUUUAUCCAGUAACAAUAUAAUGAAAUCAUCUUUACCAGUAAUGCAUCCAGGACCAUCAGUUGAAAUUAGUACAAUCACAAACUUAACACCAGGUGCUAUUCCAACAGUAAUACCGAGAAGAAAUAACGAAGAACAACAACAAUCUGAAACAAUAAUAGAAGAAUCAGUUCAAAAUGAAGAAAAAGAUGGAUGUACAGGAAAUCCAGGUACUUGUAAACAAUGUCAAAUGGAUCCAAUGUCAACAUUAUUUUGUACAACAGUUGCAUCAAAAUCAAAUGAAUAUUCAAAUAUAAGACCAAAUCUUUCAAGAAAAAAUUCAAAAUCUUCAUUAACUUUAAAUUUCGGUGGUCCUUCAACACCAACUAAUAAUAAUAACGCACCAAGUCCAAUUCCACCACCAUUAAUUGCAUCAUCAAACAACAACGCACCAAGUCCUGGUCCAUUGACUCCAGGUUCAACUAACAAUAAUGGUGGUAUUUUUAUUCCAUGUGCUGAUGCAUAUAAAACUUUAUCAAGACAUAAAAAAUUUAAUAGUGUUGAUUUUAGUACUUUAGUUGGUAAAUUAACUACUAGAGGAAUGCAAGUUGAAGUUCAAUCUGUUGCUAAUGUUUUGAGAGAAUUAGAUAGACGAGUUUAUAAUUAA